AUGCUGCGGCUGGCGGGCUCCGGCGCCCAGGCGAGCUCGCAGCGCCGAGGCCGCGCCGGCCUCGCCGCGGCCGCUGGCGCGUUAGGGCCAGGAGGCGGCGCCACCUCGUCGCGGCCCCCGCCGGGCUGGGCGCGGGCGCCGGCGGGGGCGUCGCUCGCCGCGUGCGGGGGGCGCUGCCAGGGGAGGCGCUUCGGGGCGGCUGCUGCUGCGAGGCUGCCGAGGGUGCCGCUGCUCGAGCCCGGGUGCGCACGCCCCUGGCUGCUGCAGCGCUCUGGGAGGGAGCUGGCGAGGGACGUGGCCGUGCGGGGCGGGCUCUCGCUGGAGGGCGGCUCCGUGUCCCAGCGCUUCGUGAUGCGGUGGCAGGAGCGCCCGCUGACCGUGCUGCUGGUGGCCAGGCACGAGAAGAGGCAGUCGUUGAGGACCGUCCAGGAGAUGGGCGCCUGGAUUGCGGCGAGGGGCAUGACGGUGGUUCUGGAGCCGAAGCUCCUGGAGGAGUGGCCUGUUGUGACCGGCAGCAUCCACGGCCUGAGGACCUUCUCGGACAAGGAGGCCCUCCUCAACUCCAUCGACCUUGUCGUCACGAUCGGAGGGGACGGUACGCUCACGUGGGCGGCGUCGCUCUUCGAAGGGCCCAUGCCGCCUGUCCUGUCGUUUGCCGCGGGGUCCCUGGGCUUCCUCACGCCCUUUCCGCUCGAGAAGUGGAAGCAGACGCUCUCUUGGAUUUUCGAGGCUGUGGCGCCCGACGGAGCGCCCGUGCCUCUCGUGUGCCGCAUGCGUCUCCGCGUGAGAGUGCGAAGGGGCCCCAACGGGCAUGAUGACCGCGAGGCCGAGCAGGAUCUCAGCCGCGCCGAGUUUUCCUGCCUCAACGAGAUGCUCGUGCACCGUGGUCGUUCUAACAUGCUGGCGAAGCUCGACGUCCGUGUGGACGGCGAGCGCGUGACGCUGGUUCAGGGUGACGGCAUCAUCCUGGCGACUCCCACGGGCAGCACGGCCUACUCCCUGGCGUGCGGUGGCAGCAUGGUGCACCCCGCAGUGCCUGGCAUGCUGCUGACGCCGGUGGCACCGCACUCGCUCUCGUUCCGGCCCGCACUGUUGCCCGACUCGGCAGAGGUCAUAGUCAUCGUGCCGCUCUCUGCUAGGGCGGGCGUGAACAUGAGCCUCGACGGCAAGGACAUCUGCGGUCUCCAGGUCGGCGACUCCGUGCUCGUCACGACGUCCUCCCACCCCGUCCCGGCGAUCUGCCGCGAGACGGACUCGAAGGACUGGUUCGCCUCGGUGAACCAGGCGCUUCAGUGGAACAGGCGCAUCGAGCAGAAGUCGUAG